AUGGCCGAGAAAAUCAACGAGAUCGCCGGAAAGAUAACACCUAUCUGCCGGAAAAUCGUUCACGUGAACGUUAAAUGGAGAAUCAUCGAGAGGGUAUCAAUCUUUGGAGAUUUUUGUAGGUUUAUAUGGAGAAAAGUCGUGUCUUGUUCAAGUAUCAUUGAAAGACCUGUUAUAUACCGGCGAAUCAUUCACCGGAUCUCUUCUUCCACUGCCGACGAGAUCUUCGACGGAGACGAAACAGGAUUCGAACCUACUGUUUCCGGUAGAGAGUUUGGUUCAGGUUCUGAUUCUGAUUUGGUUAGUCUCAAGAUCAGCUUGUUAGGCGAUUGUCAAACAGGGAAGACUACUUUUGUAAUAAAGUAUGUUGGAGAUGAGAGUAAAGGGUUCUUGGAGAUGACGGGUUUAAAUUUGAUGGACAAAACGUUUUAUGUUAAAGGAGUUACGAUUUCGUUUAGCAUUUGGGAUGUAGGAGGUGAUGAAAAGAGGUCCAAAGAUCAUAUACCGAUUGCUUGUAAAGAUUCAGUAGCUAUCUUGUUCAUGUUUGAUCUAACCAGUCGAUCUACUCUCAACAGUGUCUUUGGGUGGUAUAGCCAGGCAAGAAAAUGGAACACGACGGCAAUUCCGAUUCUAAUAGGGACAAAGUUCGAUGAUUUCGUUCGGCUCCCACCCAAUCUACAGUGGACCAUUGUCACUCAGGCAAGAGCGUACGCGAAGGUGAUGAAGGCGUCAUUGUUCUUUUCAAGUGCGACACACAACAUUAAUGUGAACAAGAUCUUCAAAUUCAUUUUGGCCAAACUUUUUAACUUGCCUUGGAAGAUCGACAGAAAUUUAACCCUAGGUGAACCCAUUAUCGACUACGAUUCUUAA